GGAACUUGGAGGCGAAGAGAGGUCUCGUUGCUGGUCCUCGGAAAUGGAUUCCGACUCGGAUUCAGAUCGGGAGAAGAGCAGCGAUCCCAACGAGGGUCUGCUGAGCAGCGACGACAAGACCUUCCACGACGACGAGGAGGGCGAGGAGGAGGAGGAGGACUCCUCCCCUGCCGACGACGAGGAGGAGCCCGAGGAGGAGUCCUUGCUGCCGCAGAAGAAACCGCAGAUUCGAGCGGCCGAAGAGCAGCCACCGCUGGUGGUUUUGAUUCAAACGUCGGCGGAAGCCGUAGAAGUUACCGAAGAAAUCGAUGGUGCGGCCAAUCGGCGGGCAAUACCCGUUCAUGUUGGGGAUGUGGAAAAGGAACCCAGUCCCAAUGCCAAUCCCAAUCCCAAUCCCGUUACCGAUCCCGAUCCCGAUCCCAAUCCCGAUCCCAAUCCCGAACCACUGAAGUGUCCUUCUUCGCUACGCGACAGUGUCCGCGAGUCCGUGGAGUGCUUCUAUUCCGCCCAGGAUCUCCUGGAAUACGGACACAUGCUCUCCUCCACCUCGAUGGUUCGAACUCCGGACGUGGAGUCGGGUUACUUCGAGAAGUCCGAGAGCGAUGCCUCCCGGGAUGAGUGGGAGGGCCCUUCGUCCUCCUCCUCGGGAGCAGCUCGAUGUCGCUUGCUGUCCGGCAUAUCUGGUAUAUCGGGAGUAUCUGGAACAUCCGGAGCAUCCGGUCUGUCCGUCUCCUCGUCGAGUCGACACAGUUCCGAGGGACUGCGAAUGGAGCUGAGUCGCUUUCGCACCAUGAUCGAAACCCUCGAGCGGGAGAGCCUCGAAAAGUCGCAGUCGGAACUACAGCUGAAGGCCAAAACGAAGCCGAAACCGAAGCCCAAGCAGCGAUCCCACAUCCAGGAGUCCGACCAGGGAUCGGAAAGGGGCUUUUGGUCCACGGUCUUCGGGCAGGCGGGUCUGGAGAUGAGCCAGGAUGAGGAGGAGCGGAUUGCCGAUAUACAAAAAGCUCAUCGGGCUCUCGAGCUGCUCGAGGACUAUCACGCCAGACUUUCUGAGCCACAGGAUCGGGCGCUGCGUAUUGCAAUCGAACGCGUUAUACGCAUAUUUAAGUCUCGCUUGUUUCAAGCGCUUUUAGAUAUACAAGAAUUCUAUGAAUUGACAUUAUUGGAUGACUCGAAGAGCAUACAGCAAAAGACAGCGGAAACCUUGCAAAUUGCAACCAAAUGGGAGAAGGACGGACAGGCCGUUAAAAUUGCCGAUUUUAUCAAAACUUCAAAUUUAAAUCGCAAUUGCGCCUAUGAGUUUAACAACGACGCCUCAUCCAAUCAAACCAACCAAUCAGCCCUCAAUCAGAAUCAGAUCGCGAACAAUGUGAGUGCCCAAGCGCAGGCCGAGGCCCUCAGCAGAACGUUUAAGAGUGAAUUGGAAGAGAUAUUGAAUCAGCGCAUGCGCAUCGAGUCGGAUACGGAAAAUGCGAAGGAGCCGCUGGCCGAGCAGCAGCAGCAGCAGCAGCAGCGCAGUUCCCGCUCACCGCAGCAGUUGCAGCAGAAUCCGCAGCAGGCGCAACAGCAGCAGGGAUCCAAGUCGCGGAGCGGGUCGCAGACCCUCCAUAAGACGUCGUCGGCAAAGGUCAAUGGCGACGACAGCUGGUUGUAUGAGGACAUUCAGCUGGAGCGCGGCAACUCCGGAUUGGGCUUCUCGAUUGCCGGCGGUACGGAUAAUCCGCACAUCGGCACCGACACCUCCAUCUACAUCACGAAGCUCAUUUCCGGCGGAGCAGCUGCCGCCGAUGGACGUCUGAGCAUCAACGACAUCAUCGUCUCCGUGAACGAUGUGUCCGUGGUGGAUGUGCCACACGCCUCCGCAGUGGAUGCCCUGAAAAAGGCCGGCAAUGUGGUCAAGCUGCACGUGAAGCGAAAACGGGGAACGGCCACCACUCCGGCGGCUGGAUCGGCGGCUGGAGAUGCCCGGGAUAGUGCGCCCGGCGGACCGAAGGUCAUUGAAAUCGAUCUGGUCAAGGGCGGCAAGGGACUGGGCUUCUCCAUCGCCGGCGGCAUUGGCAACCAGCACAUCCCCGGCGACAAUGGCAUCUAUGUGACCAAGCUGAUGGACGGCGGAGCAGCGCAGGUGGAUGGACGCCUCUCCAUCGGGGACAAACUGAUUGCAGUCCGCACCAACGGGAGCGAGAAGAACCUGGAGAACGUAACGCACGAACUGGCGGUGGCCACGCUGAAGUCCAUCACCGACAAGGUGACGCUGAUCAUCGGGAAGACGCAGCACCUGACCACCAGUGCGUCCGGCGGCGGCGGAGGAGGCCUCACAUCCGGACAGCAGUUGUCGCAGUCGCAGUCGCAGUUGGCCAGCAGCCAGAGCCAAAGUCAGGUGCACCAGCAGCACCCGACGCCGAUGGUCAAUUCGCAGUCGACAGAGCCCGGCUCGCGAUACGCAUCCACAAAUGUCCUGGCCGCCGUUCCGCCAGGAACUCCGCGUGCCGUCAGCACCGAGGAUAUUACCAGAGAACCCCGCACCAUCACCAUCCAGAAGGGACCGCAGGGCCUGGGCUUCAACAUCGUUGGCGGCGAGGACGGCCAGGGCAUCUAUGUGUCCUUCAUCCUGGCCGGCGGCCCAGCGGAUCUUGGCUCGGAGCUGAAGCGCGGCGACCAGUUGCUCAGCGUGAACAAUGUCAACCUCACGCAUGCCACCCACGAGGAGGCGGCCCAGGCGCUCAAAACUUCUGGCGGCGUGGUGACCCUUCUGGCGCAGUAUCGUCCGGAGGAGUACAACCGGUUCGAGGCGCGCAUCCAGGAGCUGAAGCAACAGGCUGCCCUCGGCGCCGGAGGAUCGGGAACGCUGCUGCGAACCACACAGAAGCGAUCGCUGUAUGUGCGCGCCCUGUUCGACUACGAUCCGAAUCGGGACGACGGACUGCCCUCGCGGGGAUUGCCCUUCAAGCACGGCGACAUUCUCCACGUGACCAACGCCUCCGACGACGAGUGGUGGCAGGCACGACGAGUCCUGGGCGACAACGAGGACGAGCAGAUCGGCAUUGUGCCAUCGAAGAGGCGCUGGGAGCGCAAGAUGCGAGCUCGGGAUCGCAGUGUCAAGUUCCAGGGACAUGCGGCGGCCAAUAACAAUAUGGACAAGCAAUCGACAUUGGAUCGAAAGAAAAAGAAUUUCACAUUCUCGCGCAAAUUUCCGUUCAUGAAGAGUCGCGAUGAGAAGAACGAAGAUGGCAGCGACCAAGAGCCCAAUGGAGUUGUGAGCAGCACCAGCGAAAUUGACAUCAAUAAUGUCAACAACAAUCAGGCGAAUGAACCGCAACCCUUUAUGCUUUGCUACACACAAGACGAUGCCAAUGCUGAAGGAGGCGAGAUUAUCUACAGGGUGGAGUUACCCGAUAUGGAGCAGAUAACUCUGAUCUACUUGGAGAAUAAUGAUGCUGACUAUCCUUCCGAGGAGAACGUGUUGUCCUACGAGGCCGUUCAGCGUUUGUCCAUCAACUACACGCGCCCUGUGAUUAUCCUGGGGCCGCUGAAGGAUCGCAUCAACGAUGACCUUAUAUCGGAGUAUCCCGAAAAGUUCGGAUCCUGUGUGCCACACACCACCCGACCUAAAAGGGAGUACGAGGUGGACGGAAGGGACUACCACUUUGUGUCCUCCCGCGAGCAAAUGGAGCGGGACAUCCAGAACCACCUGUUCAUCGAGGCGGGCCAGUACAACGACAACCUGUACGGCACCUCGGUGGCCAGUGUGCGCGAAGUGGCCGAGAAGGGCAAGCACUGCAUCCUGGACGUAUCCGGGAAUGCCAUCAAGCGACUCCAAGUGGCCCAGCUCUAUCCCGUCGCAGUGUUCAUCAAGCCCAAGUCGGUGGACUCAGUGAUGGAGAUGAAUCGACGCAUGACGGAGGAGCAGGCCAAGAAGACUUACGAGCGGGCAAUUAAAAUGGAGCAGGAAUUCGGCGAAUACUUUACGGGCGUUGUCCAGGGCGACACCAUCGAGGAGAUUUACAGCAAAGUGAAAUCGAUGAUUUGGUCCCAGUCGGGACCAACCAUUUGGGUACCUUCCAAGGAAUCUCUAUGACCAACAGCCACCACAACAUGGACACUGCCGCCUCGAGUUCGAUGCCGACCGGUCUCGAGAACAACAAUAGGAGCAACAGCAGCGGCAACAAAUCAGCAGCCGCAGCAGAAGACGCCGCACUGAUGAUGCGUCACACUAACAGCAACAACAACAACAGCAACCGCUGCAACAAUAACGACAGCAGCAGCAGCUAGAGAAACAGCAACAACAACAACAGUAGCAACAGCAGCAGCAGCAGCAGCAGCCACAACUAAAACAACACUGACAACGACAGGAAACGGAAACGGAUACUGACACGAAAACGGAAACGGAAACGAAACCACGGACUUAACUUGUUACUUUUGACCACAGAGGACAGUUCAAUUUAUAAUGACGCAGCCGCAGCAGCCAACUUAAUGUAGCAAAUAAUGUCCAAAGCGAUUUUUUUUUUGGAUGCACUCAUCGAUGUACGGUCAGGUGAACGUACAUCCAGCAGCUAGACAAGGACGGAGAUGAGCGAACAUCAGAGCAAAGCAUUUGGCAUUUGGCAUCGUAAGGACACGAAAUAAGAUGAGAUGAGAUAAGGGUGUUCAAACUGAAGCGGACAAAGGUGUAUAGUUUUUAGUUAGAACAAAGUUGGAUAUAAACAAAUAAAAGCGAAAUAGAAUAUAUAUAUAUACAUAUAUAUAUAUAUAUAUAUAUAUACACCACUUAUAUAGACUAAGAUCCGAUUAUAAAAGCAUAUAGUCGAGCGGAGAAAGAAGAAAGUAGGAAGAAGAAAUGAGGGCUUUCAGGAGUUCGUUAAUCGCUAGAGUGUUGUUUGUUUAUGUUGAUGUUUAUAUACGAGAGCCAAGAGUUAUAGCGAGCUAGUUAUGUUGACGAUAAUGUGUUUUUUGAUAUAUAUUGAUCUAUAUGAAUAUGUAAUAUGUAUAUGUAAUGCAGGCACUGGCACCCACCCAUGCACACCUAAGUUUUGGGGUCAAUGGUGAUGUUGUUGCACUAGCGCAUUGCAUUGAGGUUAACUUUAAGUACCACAAUGUUUAGUAGCUGACUACGAAAUACUGACGACGAUGACGGGACGCAAAUGCGGAUGUAGAUGCGGAUUCGGAUGCAGACUCGAAUGGGAAUAUGGAAGCGGUUACGGUUGCGGAUAUAGCGGAUAUAGCGGAUAUAGCGGAUAUAGAUAGUCAGAGGUCAUGACGAUAACGAUUUACGAUUACGAUCUAAUGAUAAUGAUAAAUAUAUAUUGAUGAUUACCGAAACUAAUAACGAUGAAGAAGAUGAAAACGUUGGUGCAUUUGUUGUUAGAUGUAUGUAAUUUUUCCCACUCGCCUUUGCCUAAAAGCAACACAAAAGUAAAGUAAAAACCAAGAAGAACUAUAUUAAAAACCGAAAGAAAGAAAGAAUCAAUAAACAUGCGUAUGAUAAAUACUAGAAACUAGCUGAAAAGUUGCAUAUAAAGCCACAGACAUUCAUUCACACGUCUACUUACUACAUAUAUAUAUCUGUACCAUUUAGCCUAUAGUCCGCAAGAAAUCGUCGAAACAAAGUCAUUUUACUAUAUAAAUAUACACGAAACACCCGCAUAAUGUAAACUACGGCAGCAAUUGAUUGGAAAAAAAGAAAAACUCGAGAAACGGAAUUAGUUGUCGCGUUGAUUUAAAUCUAUAUAAUGAGUAAAAUAUUGUAUAUUUAACAAUCUAUGAAACAAAUAUAGCAUGUAGAUAAUACACACACAAACACACACGAACCCAUACAAGCAUACAUGGAUUACCGUUGCGGUCAAAUUUUAUACACGAAAACACACACACAAGACAAAUCGAAUUGCAAAGGCAAAAAACAAAUAAAUAAGGAAGCGAGAGCGGAAGCGGAAGUGACGAAGAAGAAGAAGCAGAGCUGGGGAUGAGAUCAACUCAAAUUAGAUAACUAUAUAUUUGCUGAUUAAUUUAUAUAAACCAAUUUACGAUUUAUAGCCAACGCACAGAUAAACAAACAAAAAAGAAAGAAAAGAAAUUUGUUCGAAAAAAUUUAGCAAAAUUCAAGUUGAGUGUUAACAUUAUUAUUCAUGCGAAUAUGCAUAUAAAUAUUAUUAUUUCUACUCUGUACAUCUCUCUUGCUCCCUUACUCUUACUUAUUCUACUUGAAAACUUUUUUUUUUUGAAUUCAAUUUUUUUGUAUAUUGCAAAAACGUCGACGACGCCACAGCAGCAGCAGCUAUGGAUAUUAUUUCAAAAAUAUAUAUACAUAUAACUAUUAUACAAAUACAGAAAAACAAAUUCAUUAUAAUUUUCACAAUGUAUGCGCCGAGAGCAUUGUUAUAUUUAAUAAACAUCCUAAAACAAAAAGGACAAACAAUGAAAAACAAAAUAAAAAAAACUAUGCGAAUAAUUUCCACUCUAAGCGAAAACAAAAAGCGGCGGAUCCCUAAGAGUAGUUAAAAAUAAAAAAAAAAAAAAAAAACAAGCCCAAAAAAGAAAAAGCGAAAAUUCUUAAUCGAUUUGAUACAUCCAACUAGCAUACGAAAGCAUUGCAUUAACAUUAAACGACGAGCUGAGGAGUUAACUAUAGAUAACCGCUUAAACAGGGUGCGCCCCACGUCUUUUUGGGUGACUAUUCGUAGCAAGUGAUUUUUUUCGCUCAAACAAACAUAUUUAAAUCUAGGGGAAGGCCUGUUUUCCAAUCGGUUCUUCCGAGUGGCGCCCCCGAAAACCAAAUCCGAAUCACUUUUCCAACUAGCCUUAGACUCUAAUAAAAAACCAAAAAAGAAAAACAUCAAACCCUCGAGAGCUAAACUAUCAAGCAAUUAUCAACUAGAUAAAGAAAAUAUACUUAAAUUAGAGCAAGGAGCUUCUGAAAGGACUUUCUUUGUCAACAAAAAACAAAACGAAAAAAUAAGUAAAUUAAACUCAUUCGCCCCCAGAUGAUACAUCAUACAUCAUAUAUAUGUAUAUCCUAUCCAAUUCACACACGCGCGCGCAUACAAAGCAUGGGAAAGCGUUUCAUCAAAAUUGUGCCUUUUCUUUUUGUUGUUGUUGUUGUCGAAUCGAAUCGAAUCGAAUAUCGAGUAUCGAAUAUCGAUGAAAAUAUACACACACAUAGACACAUGUACGGGCAGCUUUUGUAUGGUUUCCGCUCACACUUAUGUACAUCCCGUUUACAUCACACCUAUGUACAUCCUGACCCACUGCCACCCCAUUAAUAUGCAACGCAAUUUUUGCUAGUCAUACACCCAUGAAAAACGAAAAGAAGAAGAAACCUUUAGCCUUAGCGAUGAGUAAUGAAAGUAAAUCUAAUUCAAUUUUGUUGAAGCUCGCGUUUGGAUCGGCAGAAGCUAUGCAUACAUACAUAUAUCGUAUGCUAUAUAUGACAGUGCAGGAAUCGAUGGAGAGUUAUGUGUUUAGGAAUUGGGUUGAUAUACAUGGGCAGAGACACACAAGUACAUCCAACAUAUGUACAAUACUCAUGUUCAUGUGCGAAAUAAAAUUAGAGACCCCAUUCGGCCUCAAAAGCGUUCUCAUUAUGUAUUAUGUCAAAUGUAAUUUGUUCAUCAGCGGAUGAAACACUCGCCCACACCCCAAAAACACACUCGAAAUAAACCGUAAUAAAAAUACGUAAUCAUA